AUGUCCUACUACAACGACCCCUCCUGGCCCUCGCCAGCUCCUGGACGCCAGUCCUCGUGGGAACAGCCACAACCGCCCUCGCGCUCGGGUACCGGCCAGAGUGUUUACAACGGUGGGGGUGCACCGCCAAUUCACAUGGACAUAGGCGCCAGUUCGACUGUCAGCAGAGAUGAAGGUAAUGCCUUCAUCUCCCAGUUUGAUGAAGUCGAACGCGCCACUGAGAACCUUGCCAAGAGCGGAAAGUCCUUUGGUCCUGGAUUCCCUCCUACGCCAGUGAGCGCCAGCCGUCGCGAGUCCAUGCCCAUGAUGGGCGGUGGCGGCGGCGGUGGCGGUGGUCCUCCUCGUCCAUACCCGGAGUACGAACAACGCAUGGGCGGCCCCGGCUCCCAGCGCCACCACUCGGUGAGCGAGUACGACGGAUCGCGCUCCCAGUCGGCCUCUAACGCUCAGGGCUUCUACCAGAACCAGCGCUAUGCGCCCCGACCAAACGAUGCGGACCAGAUGGCGCAGGCAAAGCGACGGAUGGCGGCUCAACGCGAGCGUGAGCUGCGCAACUAUCAUCAAGAGCAGCAAUAUCACAGAAACGUUUCUGGCUCCAAGUCCGACCGCUCCAUGAGCCCCAAUGCCAUGAAUGAAGACGAGCGUCGCGAGCUCAUCGCCCGCCAGCACCGUGCCCUGUACGGCGAGACAUCGACCUUGUACAAUAACAAUCCCACCUCCAGCCAGGACGUCCGCGUUCAGACGUCCGCCGCCGGCCGCGGCCCUUCUCCUUUGGCGUUUGAUCCCUUCGGCAUGCAGGCACAAAAUGUCGGUGGCGAUGCGGCCGUUCAGAUGCCCCCACGAGGGGACAAGGAUGUUGCGGGUGCAUCUCAGGAGGCCCGUGCCAACAGCAAUUCCUCUCCCUCGUCCAACCACAACCCGGCCUUUAGCCUGUUCGAUGCACAACAGGCGGGCCGCACCUCCAACUCAUCUCCUGGCGCCUCUCCUCCCAUUUCGGGGCCCAAAUCUAAUGGCUCUGGUGUCGCCCCUAUUGGCACUCGCCCCCAGACCCAAACCCAGAACCAGAGCCUACAACAGCCAGGUGGGGCUCCCCUGAGCAAGCGCGCGACUUCACCUCUCCCGUCGCCGUUGGGCUACAAGUCCUACAACGCUAGCGAGCAGCAGAAUAAUGUUGCCACAACGUCUGCUUCUUUGAACCCCUCUUCAACGGCUACUGACAAGGGUGUCGGUAUUUGGAACAAUGGUCCUUGGGGUAAUACGCCUACGCAGGGCGUCCAGGCAUCUGUCUGGGGUUAG